AGGAGAAUGGGGAGGAGCUGGGGGGCAGGCGAUCGGGGAAGGAGGGGUCUUAAGGGGCGGCGAGCCCAGGUCGGAUUUCCUCCGAGGCUGGCGAUCGGCGAGGCUCCCACCUUCGCCUAGAGCUCUCUGCGGCCGCUCUGCUCCGCGCCCGCCGGACACCCGGACCGGACCACGAUGUGGAGACGCUGGCUCGCGCUCGCGCUGGUGGCCGGCGCCUGGGUCCACGCCGAGGAAGAACUAAGAAGCAAAUCCAAGAUCUGUGCCAACGUGUUUUGUGGUGCAGGCCGGGAAUGUGCAGUCACAGAGAAAGGAGAGCCCACCUGUCUCUGCAUUGAGCAAUGCAAACCUCACAAGAGGCCUGUGUGUGGCAGUAACGGCAAGACCUACCUCAACCACUGUGAACUGCAUCGAGAUGCCUGCCUCACUGGAUCCAAGAUCCAAGUUGAUUAUGAUGGGCACUGCAAAGAGAAGAAAUCUGUAAGUCCAUCUGCCAGCCCAGUUGUUUGCUAUCAGGCCAACCGCGAUGAGCUCCGGCGUCGCAUCAUCCAGUGGCUGGAAGCCGAGAUCAUCCCAGAUGGCUGGUUCUCAAAAGGCAGCAACUACAGUGAAAUUCUAGACAAGUACUUUAAGAACUUUGAUAAUGGUGACUCUCGCUUGGACUCCAGUGAAUUCCUGAAAUUUGUGGAGCAGAAUGAAACUGCCAUCAACAUCACCACCUACGCAGACCAGGAGAACAACAAGCUGCUUAGAGGACUGUGUAUCGAUGCUCUCAUUGAAUUAUCUGAUGAAAAUGCUGACUGGAAACUCAGCUUCCAAGAGUUUCUCAAGUGCCUCAACCCAUCUUUCAACCCUCCUGAGAAAAAGUGUGCCCUGGAGGAUGAGACGUACGCGGAUGGGGCUGAGACCGAGGUGGACUGCAAUCGCUGUGUCUGUGCCUGUGGAAACUGGGUCUGCACAGCCAUGACCUGUGACGGAAAGAAUCAGAAGGGCACCCAGACCCGGACAGAGGAGGAGAUGACCAGAUAUGUCCAGGAGCUCCAGAAGCACCAGGAAACAGCUGAAAAGACCAAGAGGGUGAGCACCAAAGAGAUCUAAUGAAGAGACAUGUCAGAACGGUGUCUGGAGUCCGGCACCUUCUCUUCCACUUCAGCGCUGAGUCCAGUAUACGCGAGUGUCUGCUACAAUCGCCAAAUCACCAGUAUUUGCUUGUAUAGCAAUGAGUUUUAUUUUGUUUAUUUGUUUUGCAAUAAAGAAUAUGGGGGUGGCUGGCUAGGAGGGGAAGGGCCAUAGCCUUCAUUUCUAGGAGUGCUUUGAGAGAAACUGUAAACAGUGCUCUGGGGCUGGAGGCAAGUAAGGAAACUGCAUCAGGGGUGGAAGAGGAGCAGACCCAGAUCUGACCCCCUUCCGAGUCCACUGCAGCUGUGAGCAGGCUGCAGGGAGUGGACACAGUGCCAGAGAGAACUUAGCAGGCUGCGCCUGGUUGAGGGUUUUGGGAAGCUCAAUGGAAAGGAACACGUUCUGCUUCUGGCCCCUUCUGGUUGCUGUCAGCACGACUGACCUCCAGCAUCUGUGCUUCUCUUGGUCCCAAUCACUGCCCCUAAAUACGCAGCCAUCCUACUAGUUACCCAGUGUCCCUCAGACUUGGAUGGAGUUUCUGGGAGGGUGUGUCCAAAGGAUGCAGAUACUUGUAUACUUCGAGCCCCAUAGAGACCUAACCAAAUUUUUAAAAUACUUUUUACCAAAGGUGCUAUUUCUCUGUAAAACACUUUUUUUUUGCAAGUUGACUUUAUUCUUCAAUUAUUAUCAUUAUAUUAUUGUUGUUGUUUUUUAAUAUUUUAUUUUCUUGACUAGGUAUUAAGCUUUUGUAAUUAUUUUUCAGUAGUCCUACCAUUUCAGAGAUGGAAGGAGUUUGGGGUUCUUCCUGGUACAGAGACCUAUAUAACCCAGAUGCCCCCCACCCUGCCACAUACUACAUGCAGCCUAGAGUUCGCCCCCCUCGCUUCCGCGGGUCAGCUGUCUGCCAGAAGAGCAGGGGGUGCCUUCCGCGGGUCAGCUGUCUGCCAGAAGAGCAGGGGGUGCCUCAGAAGCAAGGAGAAGUAUCUUCAUACAAAGCUUUCAAGAUCCAAAAGUUAACUUGCUUUUAUUUAUUCUGAGAAGUUCAGGCAAGUCAGUAUUACGCAGGAUGGUCACAAGUGCAGCUAAGCAGGGCUUCAGAUAUCCCAGCUUACCAAUACGUUCAUUGAUCUACCGCUAACUAGAAGAGUGACUUUGGCCCUGCCUCCUUCUAUAUCUGGGCCUCAGUUUCCUCAGUGGGUUUGUAAGAAUGCAUUAACCUUUAAUUAAUCAAUGCAUUAACCAUUAAUUAAUGGAUUAAUGCAUUAACCAUUAGUGCUUUUAGUUUGAUAAAUUAAAAAUUCUGUGGUUCUGGUCAUGGGUCCAGCGGGAGACAGGUUCCUGUGAUUUUCCUUCUUCAGAAUACAUGAAACCUUGUUAGAACAAUAAGACAGCCAAAAACAAAAUGACAAAACCUGACCUCAGCCUGAAUGACCUUGCAGGUUGUGCUGGGGCGGGCAUAGAGAUCUCUGGGUAGAGCCUACCCAGUAAGAGAGUGGAAGGAGCCAUCCCACUUUGUCUUCACAUUGGCAUUUCAUGUUUAAUCUCUGUUUGGAAACAAAAAGAGCUUUUCCUUUAAAGAUGAGGAACAAAAGAAAUUUUCAAAUUCAAGAGGAGGGAAAAUGGAGACUGAAUCUUAAAACUGUGAUUGGGGAGAAGUCAGUUGUUCACAGUCAGCCCUGUGUCUUUUGACCUCUGUCAUUAAUAACCACACUCACCACCAUGUUUAAGAUGCAUUUGGAAUAACAAAGACUAAAAUUGUGACAUAAGAUCUCAUUUGCAGAAAGCAGAUUAAAGACCAUCAGAAGGAAAUUAUUUAGGCACAGGCAACUGGGAGAAACAUGUACCAAAAAUGGAAUUCCAUCUAAAUUGUUCUCGUUUGAAAGGAGAAAAUUCUACUUUGCUUAGCAUUUCAAGCUUUUAUGUAUCAUCCCAUUUAAAAACUCUCUUUAAACCCCACUUGUGCAGUCUGAAAUGCAGCUCCCUGUCCAAGUGCCUUGGAGAACUCACAGCAGCAUGCCUUAAUCAAAAGCUUUGCCAGCUCUUGGACACUAUGGGAGAGGGCAGGAGUACAAGUUUGUUUAAAGCAGGAAACCACAGUGUCUCUUCACUAGUCACAUUUAGAAUAGUGGUUACUAUCCAAGACUACUCUACCCUGCAACAUUGAAUUCCCAAGAGCAAAUCCACAUUCCUCUUGAGUUCUGCUGCUUCUGUGUAAGUAGGGCGGCUGUUGUCUGCACCAUGGAAUCACAUGAUCUGAGGACCAUUCAUGGAAAGCUGCUAAAUAGCCUUGUCUGGGGAGUCUUGCAUAGAGCUUUGCAUGGGGCAAACAAACAGGAUUAAAUUGGGUUCAGUUCCUUCAGCCCUCUAAAAGCAUAGGGCUUAGACUGCAAGCUUCCUUGGGCUUUCUGUGUGUGUGUGUGCGUGUGUGUCUGGUUUUAUAAACAUUACAGCAUCUGUUAAGAUCCAGUGUCCAUGGAAACCUUCCCACAUGCCAUGACUUUGGACUCUAUCACUGUUUUUAGAAAGCAGGGCUCCUUCACCUGCAAAUAAGCCCAUAUGGACAAGUCUUAAUGUCUUUCCUUUACACCUAUGUUUUUAAAUAGUCAAAUUUCAAGAAACACUUUGAACAAGUUUCUGUUGCCUGUGUGUUUGUGAAAAUGUAUUUGUAUUUAGUAGGCUUCCAUAUUGCAUUUAACUUGUUUUUGUUACUCCUGAUUCUUUUUUUUUCCCAGAUACUAUUGACAAAUAAAGAAAUUAAAGUAAUA